AUGCCUCAUUCAACGCAACCUGGAACUGUGGGCAACUUGACUGUCGACGAACAACAGAAGUUACAACAGGCAUGGGUCCAUCUCCUCCGGCUCUGCGGAGCCGAUGGCUUCGGUCACGAAGCGCCAGACAAAAGCCAGCAGUUUCUGAAAAACCUCAAAGACAGGUCGCCGGAGGCUUUCAAGCAGGGUCUGUGGAACUCGAUCCUUGCGGAUCAUCCGGAUGCAACAGUCCUCCGAUUCCUUCGGGCUCGCAACUGGGACGUCACCAAGGCCAUGGACAUGCUUGCAUCAGCCAUCAACUGGCGCAACGAGCGACAAGUCGACGAGGAGAUUGUAGGAAAAGGCGAGACUGUGGGGAUGAAAGUGUCGCCAACUGUCGACGAAGAGGCAUUUGUCACGCAGUACCGUUCCGGGAAGAGCUACGUACGAGGAACCGACAAAGACGGCCAUCCAAUCUACAUCAUCAAAGUUCGACUGCAUGAUCCUCACUUGCAGUCGGCCACGGCUAUGGAGACGUACGUUUUGCACAAUAUUGAGACGAUCAGGGUGUUGGCGAGAGGCUCGUGUGACAAGGCAUGUCUCGUUUUCGAUCUCACUGGGUUUGGCCUUCGUAACAUGGAUUUUCACGUUGUGAAAUUCCUUGUUGAAGUGUUGGAGGCAAGAUAUCCUGAGACUUUGGGGGUGGUCCUCGUUCACAAUGCGCCAUUCGUCUUCUGGGGCCUCUGGAACGUCAUCAAACGUUGGCUAGACCCAGUGAUCUCGUCCAAAAUCCACUUUACGAGCAACAAUAAGGGUUUGACGCCUUUCAUUUCCAAGGACAACCUGCAGACCUGUUAUGGCGGUCACGACAAUUGGGAGUACAAGUACGUUGACCCGACACCAAGUGAAGUGUUGCAAUCGGAGGAAAAGAAGGCCAGCAUCCAGGCAGAGCGGAACGAUCUGAUCCAAGAGUUCAAUCGACUGACUGCUGAGUGGGCCUCACUCGAGCCAGGAUGUGUUGGCGCUGAAGUGAAGGCUGGUGAGAGGUCUGAGUUGGCGAAGCAGCUACAGCAGCACUAUUGGAAGCUGGAUCCGUAUGUCAGAGCGAGAACUUAUUACCAUCGAGUCGGAGUGAUUGAUAGCACUGGUGAGGUGGACUUCAAGGCAGCGAAUUAG